UCUUAGGAGCAUCCUGGUUUGACCACAUCAGAGAGUGGCAUUCAAAGAAAGACCAGUACAACAUCCUCUUCCUGACCUAUGAGGACAUGAUCUUGGACCUGAAGGCAGCAGUAACUAAGAUCUGCAGUUUCUUAGGAAAAAACCUCAGUGAAGCAGAUGUUGAUGAAGUUGUAGAAAAAGCCACAUUUAAAACCAUGAAGAAAGACCGAAAAGCCAACUAUGAGUUUAUACCAAAAGAAGAGAUCAGUGGAAACUUCAUGCGCAAAGGACAAAGCAGUCCUAGUGAAUAUGCAAAACGGGCCAAGUUGGAUUCUGCCCAGGUCGUGUAA